UUCUAUAUCUAUAUAUUGCACCAAAUAUUUUCAUAUACAAAGCUCUGUCCUCUCUCCUUUUAAGCUUUCAGAUUUAUUUGGCUGACCUUAAAUUAAAUGGGGAGGAAAUGCUCGCACUGUGGUAUAACUGGUCACAAUUCACGAACCUGUAAACCUCAGAAGACAAAAAUUGAUGGAAAAAAUGAAGAUGCUACGUCCAAUAUUGGUAUGAAACUUUUUGGUGUGAAGCUUGAAAUACCAAAAACAUCUUCUUUUGCUAGUACUGCUUCAAUGAAGAAGAGUUUUAGUGUUGGUUGCCUUCAGAAUUCGUCGAAAAUUUCUUCUUCAACAGCUGGAUCUUUUACUUCCAAUUGUAAGAUGUUUUCAGAUGAAAACCUGGAUUAUAAAGUGUCGAAUGGUUAUCUUUCUGAUCAUGAAUUGGUUGGAAGAACUUCAGAUAAGAAAAAAGGAGUUCCAUGGACAGAAGAAGAACACAGGAUAUUUCUAGUUGGAUUGGAAAAACUUGGAAAAGGAGACUGGAGGGGCAUUUCUAGGAAAUUUGUCACAACAAGGACACCAACCCAAGUAGCAAGUCAUGCCCAAAAGUAUUUUCUUCGCCAAAAUUCUCUCAAUAGAACCAAGCGGAGACGCAGUCUCUUUGACAAGGUUGGGAUGGAUAAAUCAACUAUCUUACUGUUUGAUAAAAGUGUUACCAAGACAAAAGAAAGCAGAUCCAAGUCAACAGAGGAUGAUGAAACAAAUAUUUCCAUGAUAACUUUUAGUACUUCACCAAGCAAAGAUUCAAAGUUAGCAACAUUCGUUAAUCUCCCAUUUAUUAAUUCAAGUGAUUAUAUUUCAUUUCAAGAUUCACCAAAGCCAGACCUAGAGCUCACCCUUGCAGUACCAAGGCAACUCAAUAAUCAAAGAAGAAAAUCAGGUGGUCUUCUUGGUGGAAAUACAAUUACUGUCGUUUGAUUAAAACAUUCUGCUCAUGUUUCAUGUAAUCAAACAUAGUAUAAGAAAUUAGGAAAUUAAUUAAGUAGAUGUCCAUAAAAAUAAUCAAAAUUUUCUAUGUGAUAUGACUGAUAUGUAACUUUGUAAAUGAUGCCCUACCAGCAUCACCCUUGGUCCCCCAAGCUUACCACAAAUACAUUUUUUUAUUCCAUUUUAAAAUAUUAAAUGUUUCAUCAGUGAUAAAAGAUAUGAAUUAAGUUCCAAAAGUUUGCUAGCAAGAUAAUUCUAAUGAUUUGUUAAAGGAUGUUUUACUAU